AUGGCACGACAAGUUGCAGAAAGCGGUAUUAAAAGCAUGCCUACCGAGAUUGUCGUCGAGAUAUUCACUUCCAUGGAGAGUGCCAGAGAAGUUCGUUCACUGUUUCUCGCAUCAAAGAGAUUCUACAAGGUUUACGUCGAAAGUUCCAAUCACAUCGCCAAGGCCCUCAUCCUUCGCCGGCUUGACCCGAAUGACUACAAGUUGGCUGUUAUGGCUAUUGAGUCCCGCAAAGUCAAUCCCCUAGAUAAAUCUGAGUUGAAGCAGUUCUUCAAUGACUACGUCCACCAUCGUGAAUGGGAUAUCAAGCUAUUUCGGAUGUACACUGCCUUUCAUCUCCCCGAGCUCCAGGAUGCAGCCGAGCACAUACUAGAAAGCGAGUAUGGACUUAGGAUACCAGAGCUUCAUGAUAUUAUUCCAGAGACGGCCACAGAGCAUGCCCGAAAGAUUCGAGCUCUUUAUUUGCGCGAAAUACUUCUUAAUCUAUUUCAUCAGAUGCCUAAUCGAUACAAAUAUACACUUACACCCUUUUUGGAAAGCCCUCCAUACCCAGAAUGGGUGAUCGAUUUCCGGGCCAACUUCUGUUAUGGAGAGCUUAUCCAGGUGGAGGCCAUUAGUAAUUGGCCGUAUAGGUUCUUGGUUGCACUGGACAAGAAUCAUAUCACUCUACCGAAAGCUCAACAUGGUCCGGGUUGCAAAUGCUUCAGCAAUAAUGGGAUUCUAAACGGGCAACGGGUAGUUCACAUGGGACAGCAAGAUCCGUAUAAAUGGAUGAAGCUGGAAUCCUUCGCAAAAGUUGUCGGCAUACAAAAACUCUAUCGUUGGUGUUGCCCAACCAGGACCGAUAUUGUUCCAAUGCGUGCAGAGUGGUCGAAUUUCUCCUACAACUCAUACCCUAUUAUCUCAAACCCGGGGCAUUUGCGCAUGUAUCGAGAGGCUAUGUACAGAACGGAGCUACUCAACCACCCACGCUUCCAUAACGAUCCAGAGUCGCCAAUAGACAAGAUCUGGAACAAGUCACACGGCCCGUGGUACGCAACCGAUGGUAUAAUUUGGCCCCAUAAAGAUCCCACGGACAAACUUCUUCGCAUCCGAGUUCUCAGCGACUACUCUUCCCUUGAGGCAUUGAGACGACUGGUACAUACAAACGAUCCUCGUAUCAAGUCGUGGGGCCUGAGAGCGAUCUAG